AUCGAAAUCCGGGCCGAGGUGCAGCUCAAGACCGUGGCCGAGGUCGAGGUCAAAGUCAAGGUCGAGGCCAAGUCGAGGUCGAGGCCAAAGUCGAGGUCGAGGUCAAAGUCGAGGUCUGAGGUCAAAGUCGAGGUAGAAAUUGGAAUCAUGAUGGUAAUUCCACCUCAGCGAUAUAGGAGACAGCCAGACCCUCCCUGUCAGCUCGAGGAAGAAGCCUGGAGCAAGAAUGCACCCGUUAAGUUAAGCCCCAAGAGUCUUGUGGAUACGCUAAUCAAGUCUCGUGAUUUAACUGCAAGCCUGCUAGAGCUCAUGGAGAAUGGUGGUCUCUCGCCUUCAGCAGUAAGAGAAACUGUGACCCAGUAUCCGGAGGUGUUUUACCUAAAUGGUGAAAAGGUAGAACUGCGACCAGAAAUUACAGUGUGCUCUCACCACUCAGGCCCUGAGGGAUGCCAGGACCGCAGGGGUUGUAGAUGCAUACACAUUUGUCAGCAAUACACCAGAAAUUCGUGCAAGGAUCCUUACUGUGUCCUUGGCCAUAAGUGGCGUACCGAUCACAAUAUUGCUGCCCUUCGUUCAUAUUUCAUAGAGCAUAUCCCUGUACCAAUUUUACAAAAGAUUUUGGUUCAGCCACUACAUACAAUGGCUCCUGUUGGUAAAAAUAACUAUUUGUCUUGAAUACAACACAAAGGUUGCAUCCAAGAUGACUGUACUUCACUUCAUAUAUGUCAAAGUUUUGUUGUAAGUCGAACUAGAUGUCAGCAAAAAAAAUGUCAAUUAAAUCAUGACAUACUGACUCCUCAGUGCUGUAAAGUUCUCUCUGCACAUGGCUUCUCAACCAAUGAAACCCCAUGUGAUAUUGUUGUAGCAAUAUUAGCUGCAAAUUCUGAAAUUCUUCAACAGGAUAUGAAAGAAAAUACUGUUGGUUCACCUGAAACCAAAUCACUGACUAAAAGUGUAUCUGAAAACGCCGAAAAACGGAAGGAUGAAUCUGAAAUUCCCGAGAGGAAAGAGGGUUAUAUUUCCAAAGAUUCUGAGAGUGCUUCCUCAGAUGAUGAAAAUGGUGUUCAGUCACAAAAAAAUGAGAAUGAAACUAAGUCUGCAAGUAGUCAGAAAUCUGGAAAAGCCCUAGAUAUGAAUGAAGAUAGUGUUCGCAGUGAAACAACCAAAAUAACUGACAGUGAUACAACAGAAUUAAAGCAUUCUCAUACUUCAACCACAUCUCUACCUAAAAGUACUCCAGUAUCAAUAAAGACGUAUUGGGCACAGGAUGUUCAAGGAAAUGUGGCUGUCCUGAGAUUUGCAUACUCUGUUGAAGGAAUGUGUAGGGAUGAAGGCUCAGGCUGCAAGAGACUUCAUUCAAGUGAGCAUUUCCACUGGCAAGUGAUGAAACAGAACGAGAAUUGGUAUAAUUUACCCGAACAGCAGGUGAUCACUUUGGAACACACCUAUUGCAAUCCCGAUGAGGACUGUGUCGAUUUACCUCGGUUAGAUCCUACUCAUCUGAAGGCUUCAGCUAGAGGUCUUCUUAUAUUGAUGGGACGUGAUACCUGGUCAGCCAAUUUCAGUUCAAUGACUCUGACUAAUUCGUCUAAAAGUCAGAUACUGAAAAUACGCAGAUUAUGUACACAGUAUAUUGAUGGACAAGAGAUUAAGCCAUCGAAUUUCCUUUGGUACUUUUUGGAUAUACAGAAAAACUGGGUUCAAUAUGGACUUUCUGAUACAACAGGGAAGACAAAGUUGAUUGUAGAUGCAACAUCUAAAGACAUUGAAAAACAGUACCGCCAAAAUCCAGCAUCUACGUAUUCAUUCAAGAGUAGUGCUUUCCAAUAUGUUUUAGAUUUCAAGAGCAUGACUCAGACUAACCAGAAAACAAAUGUAGUAAGGCAGGUGAGACGACGUCCUGAGCCACAUCUAAAAAAACAAGAUGAAGACUCUGAAGAAGAGAAGCCCAAAGACCUUCCUUCGUCUUGGGAGAUAAUGCAGCCUGAAGAACGGGUCCGUACAGUAACUUUGGCCCCAUCCUCGAGUGAAUACCAAGCAGUCACUGCCCUUUUGAAUGGCCGUAUUUCUACUUCCAACAUUAUCAAGAUUGAAAGGGUACAGAAUCCAUACUUAUGGCGUGCAUUUGUAAACAAAAUUACUGAAAUGUCAUCCGUGCUAGGUGACAAAACAAAAGUAGAUAUCCGACAAUUAUUCCACGGUACAAAUCAUAAUGUGGUUUCUAGUAUCUGUGCCGAGAACUUUGACUGGCGUCUUCAUGGUUCAAACACUGGCCAAUUAUAUGGUCGCGGGACCUAUUUCUCAACUGAUGCUGCAUACUCUUAUUCAUAUUGUGGGCCCGAUGGUUCAGGAAUGAAAUACAUUUUUGUUGCACAAGUUGCAGUGGGUGCUUUUACCGUCGGCAUAUCAUCGAUGGUGAGACCUCCUCUCAAUCCUGCAACUGGCAUGCUUUAUGACUCGACUGUGAACCGGGAGAGAAAUCCAGGCAUCAUUAAACCGCCCCUGACGGACCCAUUGCUCUGUGGGAGCCCUUUCAAGGCGAAACCCGAAGCAGCUGGAGUCCAUUGGCGUACGCCCAAGGACAAGGCGGGAUACCUCUCCCUGGAACAUUAG